AUGCAUUCUAUAGCGUAUAAUAUAUCAGAAAUACGUACUAAAAUCUCUAGAAGAUUUGGUGGUCAUAUCAGUUUAAAUUCUUCGUUUGUAGAAGAUUUAGAGGCUGGACUAAGUUCUAGGAACUUUGAUAUAAUCUCUCAGAAUUCGAAAGAUGUCAGAUCUGGAUUAGAUGAAAAUACCAAAAAUGAGAUAAAAAAGAUAAUGGAUUCUGAAAACUUAAGUUUUGACAAAGCAAGAUUACAAUAUACUGAGAGACAAUUUGGCAAGAAUGGAAUUGCUCCAGAUGGAACUCCAAUGGAUCCUAAAGCUGUAACGUUUGGAAAAUAA